AUGGCCAAGACUCGCGCCUCUGCCACGUCUAAGAAAACAGUAACCCCAACCAAGCGUGGUCGAGCUGCCUCCUCCCCCGUACCAUCCACGCGCAAUGAGUCCCCUUCCCCUUCUCCUGAUCAUGGGGGUGAAACGAAGGAGACCUUGACGAUUUGCAGCACCAUCAAAAAGCCUCAAGAAGGUCGUCCUCAGAAGCCCCAGGCCUCUGGUGAUGAGGCUGAGCGGCAGCCUGCUCCGUCUGGUAGACAGACUGCCAAAAGCACUGGUCGCGGUGGAAGGUGUAGCACUGGAUCUCGCAAGGCCUCGGCUACGACCAAGCGCAACCCUUCUCUCUCCCCUACUCUCACUCGUUCUCAGGCUCACCAGGAUUCUACACCUUUGGCUGGGGAUGAGAAAGAGGUUCAACGGAUCACCAAAAGCUUCAUUUCAAACGAGGCUGAUGACGUUCAUCGCCACUCUGAGACUUCAGAGGAUGAAGGUUCCGAGCAGGACAAGUUGAAGGUGAAGGAGCUGCAGGCUGCUAGGGCUCGUCGAGAAUCCAAGCAGGCUGAGAAGAUGGCUGGCAUCUCCUCUGACGAUGGCGAUUACCAUGUGCGUGUUCCUGACAAUCAGAAGACACCUAGGAAGAAGCCUUCUAUGGGAAAGCUGAACGUCUCUCCAAAGUCUCCGUCUCCGCAAAAGCCUAGACACCCCUCAGCGUCCAAGCCAGUGGUCGAGAUCACUAUGACACCCCGUGGGCGUCAGCAGCGUCGCACCAAGUCAGAGUCAAACAUCACUCACUUGAUGCCAACUAAGCGUGGCAAGGCAGCCCAACUCAGGCCCCAGGCUGAGGACUCAGACGAUGACAUCAUGUCUGAAUUUGAGUUGGAGGCGGCUGGGGGGGCUGAAGACGAUAUGGAUAUUGAUGACGAGGACUCUAACCCAGAUUUUCUCUACGUAUUCAGUUUUGGCACACCAAGCAAGAAGCUUGCAAGCAAGAUGUCCUCGAUCAAGAUGAAAGACAGGACUCCUUUGACUAGCUCAACUCCAACCAAGAAGAGAAACGUCAAGGUGCAAGCUGACAGCUUGGUUGACACUGCCUCCCGUGCUAGUGGUAGUCUGGUAUCUGUGUUCAAGGCGGCAGGCAAGCGCUCCAAGUCUUCUGAAGAUGAAGGCAGUGAUGACGCUCUCAAAACGUCUCCCACAAAGAAGGCCCGCUUCUCACUCAAGCACAAGUCUGUGUCAACCCAGACCAUAGACCUGUCGGAAGUGAAAGUUGAAUGCUUGGUGUUGCCUAAGCCUCUCGACAUGCAGAAGCUCAAGGACAAGGCCUCAAAAUCGGUACCGCACGAGCUUUGGGGUGUUCAGCAGUCGAUCGACAGGAGCACCACGAUCGCCAACAUUCGCCAUGGGCUGCCUGACUUUGAGAAUGACGGCAAGACGUACAUGGUGAACUACAUUCACCCACUGCAUGUGAGCCCCACCAGCAGGCUUCUGACCUCAAAGCACUACCCCACGGUGCAUCCAACGUGUUCACUAGGAUUGGUAGGAGUGGGCCAUUACUGGCAGAAAAUGAUUAAUGAGAUAUGGGAUAUAAUGAGAAGAUAUGAGAGACCUUAA